CAGCACAAUGACGCUGGCCACAGCCUCGAUGUAUGUGUGACACUGGUCCCUGACAGAUAAACAAACCCCUUGUUGCAUGGCUCAAUGGACCUUUAACAAUUAACGUUAUCAGUCUCUCUGGUGCUAGAAAGAUCAUGCUAAUGCCGAACAGAGUACCUCGGUUGACAGAAAAUGGCUCUAUUGAUGAAAAGUUAACCGUUAAAGUUGAGUCCGCUGAGAGUGACCUGGUGUGAUAAUUGCAUGCUGCAUGUCUGAUAACCACCCAUCACCCACCUCCACCUCCUCUCAGUUCUUUUGAAAUGAAUAUGUGUCGCCGCUCCUUGCAUGUUGUGCUGUGAGUGUGUCAUCAUGAGGAACGGCAGUGAUAACCCUCUGGCACUGUCAUCCAAGAAACCACGCCAGGGCCAGACGGGCUACAGACAAGAGCUAGAGAGGCUGCGUGCUGAUUUGGAAGCAGAGAAGAAGCAAACACAGCAGGCCAGUGGUCACCUCUCUGUCGAGCUCAGGCAUCUGCGGGAAGAAGCUGAGAGGGAACAGCGGAGGGCCGUGAGGGCGCUGACGGCCAGGCGAGGGUGCCAAAAGGACAGGUUUUCUAUCAGACACUGGCUGGCUAAGGAAGCGAGCAUUGUAAACAGUGGAACAAACAGUAAAGUUGAGUCCACAGGGAAAGAGUUUCUUUCUUUGUGCAAUGGAGAAACAUAUAAAAAGCUGGAGCAGUUGCUGCUGACACUGUUUGAGAACAUAAGUGGUAAGCAGCCAGUCCAUAAAUUGCAUCACAAGCAGGAAUUGGAGCUAGAAAAGGCCAUCUUUCUCUGCCACCUGCUCGAGGCUCAUGGAAGACUGUUACAGGGGAGGCAGAGAGCAGGACACCCCAGCAACGUUUUUAAAUGCCUCCCAAGAAAGCCACCUCAGGAGGACAGCAGUAACUCCUGUCAGACAAAGCCUCUCCUAACCUUGCCACAGCGAUCUCACAGUGCCUCCCACUCAUUUAAGAGGAAAACUAAAUCAGAUCCGGGCCGGCUCCCUUUAGGGAGGACCGUUUGUACAGCUGACCCCUGCACCACCGCCGCCUUGGACACCUGUCAGAGCAGCUCUCUGAAAAUUUGUCACCCUCACAGCUCUCCCCAUGCAGGCUGGGGCAACCAGCCCCCCUGCUGCGCUGAGUCCUCUGGGUCAGAUGAGAUACUGCCUUCCCAAUGCAUGGACAGAAACAUGGAGAAUGGUACAGAAUAUGGGUUACUGGUACGUCAGAACUCUGAACUCUUGCGAGCCCUCGAUGAGCUGGAGAAGACUUGUGCUACACUGAGGGAAGAGAAUGGCCUGUUGCGGAAGAGCAGCGCCCCAGAGACCGAGGAGAAGGUCAGGCGCCUGAGAAGAAAGAACACAGAGCUGGCUGUUCUUGCUAAGAGGCUGGAAGAGAGGGCGCGAAAACUGCAGGAGGCCAACCUCAAAGUGGUGAAUUCCCCGUCACUGAUGAGACCUGGGUCAGUUGAACAGUACAAGAGGGCUUUUGCGCGUCAGCGGGCUCGUGACUUAGCCCAGCACGCUGAUGCACUGCUGUCUAAGGACAAAGAGAUCGCUGCUCUACAGCAAGAGUGCAGAGAGCUAGAGGCACGGCUAGGCACCACAAAGGCCUCCCCUGUUUCACCUGCAAGAGUGGAAUUUGAGAGGCUUCUCAGGGAAUCUCAGAAGGAGGUGCUGCGGCUCCAGAGGCAGCUGUCGGUCACAUCAUCCAGACAGCAGCGCAGCCAUAGUCCUGACCCUGGUGGCCCAGAGAAGUGUGGGGUCAUUGAGGAGGAAGAGGGGGAAGAGAAGGUUGUUGGAGAGACCCCGUGUGUGAUAUUAGAUGAAGCUCCAUCCAGGUGUGAGAAGACUCCCGAAGAGGAGGAGGAGUCGGGGGUGCGAGUGACGCCCCAACCGGGCCUUAGCCCGACCCCGGUCCAUCAGGAGGAGCACACAGAGGAGCAGCAUUUAAAGUUUCUGGAAAGUGAGCUGAGCAAGAAGAGAAAAGAAUGUGAAAACCUUGAGCAUGAAGUAACGAAGCGACAGAAGAGAUGUCUGGAUUUGGAGAGCCAGCUUGAGGAUGAGCGGGGCAAAAAUGAGCAACUAAAGGAGGAGGCAGAUCUCCUCAGGAGGAAGGCACAGCUGCUCGACCAGACUCGGGCUGAGAAUGAGGAGCUGAGGGAAGAUCUCUCUGAAGUGACCGCUCAACACAAUUCCGUUCUCGAGGAGAACCAGAGACUCCGUGCCAAACUGGAGAACCUAGAGCAGGUCCUAAAGCAUAUGCGAGAGGUCGCUGAGCGAAGGCAGCAGCUGGAAUUGGAACAUGAGCAGGCACUGGCAAUCCUUAAGUUCAAACAGGAUGAAAUCAAACGGUUACAGCGGGCUCAAUUAUUUGCCAAGAGGGAGCAUGAGGGAGUGGUUCAGAUGCUGGAGGAGUUGACUCAGCUUGUGUUGCGGAGGGAGCUGAGUACACUGGACUGCAUGCAGUCAAAGGUACGGGAUCUGGAGGAGAAAUGUCGCAGCCAGAGUGAACAGUUUGGCUUGCUGUCACAAGAAUUGGAGAAGUUUCGACUGCAGGCCUCGAAGGUGGACCUGGCCGGCUCUAGCCUCCUUAACAAUCCCAGCCUCUCUGUUCUGACCAAUGGGGUGGGCCUGACUACUGAACGAGACUGCACUGGUGGCUCAUGGGAUAUGGUGUCUCUGGGUGAAAUAGCCUUCUGGAGUCUCGAGGGAGGUGACACUCUCUCCUGCCCUGAGGAUGUGGCUGCCGCUCUGCGAAUGGGGGCCACCCCUCACGCAGCAGGGCUGUCCAGGGUGGAGCGCUCGCCUGUCACCAAGCACAGAGAGCUGCCCACCAUCAGUGUCAGCAAGUCAGGUUCUUCUUCCAGCAAGUCGGAGACCACACACCUCACCCCCAAGUCUGACACCCACCUCAGUCCGCACAAAUCCAGCCCAACACAUGAGGUGGAUACUGCCAGUGAAGUGGAGGAGCUGGACAUCGAUGUAGCCCCAGCACCUUUUACAGUCAACAGAGGAGCAGCAAAGCUUCAGGUUUUCAUUGCAAGAUACAGCUAUAAUCCGUAUGAUGGCCCCAAUGACAACCCUGAAGUGGAGCUCCCACUCACUGCUGGGGAAUACAUCUAUGUGUAUGGAGACAUGGAUGAUGAUGGCUUCUAUGAAGGUGAACUGAUGGAUGGACGGAGAGGGCUGGUCCCCUCGAACUUUGUGGAACGUGUAUCGGACGACGAUGUCAUGAGCACUCACCAUCCAGGGGCAGGGGACAUGUCCCAUAACUCUCUGCUUGACAGCAGCCUGCACAGUGCCAGCCACCAGCAUCACCUCCACAUGGGCGUCAGCGCCUCAGAAAGGACAGAGGCCUCUGCUGCCUCAGGCCCUGCCUCAGCCCCCUCAGAUUCAGCAUCGGCCUUGGCUGUCCCAGCCCCCCUCACUAACGGCCUGGACUUGGAUUUGGAGGAGGUGGGAGUGGACGUUGUGCCUUACCCACGUAAGCUUACCCUCAUCAAGCAGCUUGCCAAGAGCAUCAUCAUCGGCUGGGACCCUCCGUUGGUGCCGGCUGGGUGGGGCAAUGUGUGGAGCUACAAUGUGUAUGUGGACCAGGAGCUGCGGCUCAAUGUGCCCUUCGGUUCCCAGACCAAAGCGGUGCUGGAGCGGCUAGACAUAAACCUCAAGACUUACCGUGUGUCAGUGCAAAGCCUGACAGAGAAGGGCCUCUCUGACCAGCUGCGCUGCAGCUUGCUGGUCGGUCGGGACGUUUGUGUGGCGCCCACGCAGCUGCGUGUGGAGAGGAUCACCGCCACCUCUGCCAACCUUACCUGGCUGCCCAGCAACAGUAACUAUGUGCACAUUGUGUCCUUGAAUGAGGAGGAGUGUGAGCUGGUGAAGGCUGGCUGCUACUCGCUGUGCCUCAAUAACCUCAUGCCCAGCCUGCAGUACACAGUCAAAGUGGAGGCACGGCCGCACCGCACGCCAUGGGAGUUACCUGUGGAGCGCCGUGAGCACAGAAGCGCUACAGUCACCUUCACCACACUGAUGGCAGGUCCUCCUGAUGCCCCUCUGGAUGUACAGUUGGAGCAUGGUCCCUCCCCAGGGAUUGCCCUUAUCAGCUGGUUGCCAGUCACUAUAGAUGCUGCCGGGACCUCCAAUGGAGUCCGUGUCACUGGAUACACUAUAUAUGCUGACAAGAAAAAGGUGCUGGAGGUGUCUUCCCCAACAGCCGGCAGUGCCCUGCUGGGCCCCUCUCAGAUCCAGUCCUUGCAGGCAGCUCAGGAGCUCACUGUCCGCACCAUGUCUGCUCACGGGGAGUCUUGUGACUCUUUCCCCGUCAAUGUGCCCUCCAAGCUGGCUGCCAUCAUGGCAGGUCCAGCCAUCACCGCCCCAGUUGUGCCACCCUUACCCUGUCCCCCCACAGGUUCCACUAACCCACCCUCGCCACCGUCCUACGGGAACUCUGCUGCCAAAGUCUCCAUGCUGCCCAGCUCUUUGCCAUCAAACACACACGUGACUGGCCUCACAGUGGAAGCUGCUGCCAACCCUCCUCAUGCUCUCCACUCAGAAGAUCUUAUCUCAUCUGCCUCAUAUGUGAAGGCCUGGGCCAACCCAUCUUCUGGUGCUGCCUUGGCCGUGUGUGAGCCCACAUUACCAGCAGCCUCCACCAUUACUCCAGUGGUUAAUGUGACCCCAUCCACCACCCCAGCACCUCAACCAUCCCCAGUAGAAGCACCAGCACCUGCACAAUCACCAGUGAGAGCUGCAGCAGUGUUGGAGCAGCGCAGAGACGCCGACAGCCCUGGAUCAAUACGCCCUUUUCCAUCCAUCACAGAGUUCAUUGAGGACCCCAGUGCCAAACUCGGGACACCUGAGCGCAUCCCUACCCCACCCAAAGCCCCGAUCACAGACCUCCUCAACCCUCAGGACACUAACAUCCACCGACCCCCCAGCACAUCACCGCUGGAGUCAGAGGUGGAUGAGGAGCAAGAGAAUAGCCGCUUGGUGUCCAUUGAGGAGUUCCUGAGACAGGACCAAGAGCCAGCAUACUGUAGGACACAGCAGAGUUACAGCAGAGGGCUUGUGGAGCCUCCCAGUGACUACCCUGCAGACAACAGCCGUUCAGAUCUGUCUGACAUCCUGGAGGAGGAGGAGGAGGACCUUUACUCUGACCAUCUCGGUGAAGCGCAGGCCAAGGGCUUCACAGUCGGAGCUAACAGGGAGCCCAGCCAGAUCCCUCCAGUUGAGCCGGGUCCAUCCUGGGGAGCCCAGGCUGAUAAACCAGCGUACUUGCAGACCAGGCAACUCAAAGGCGGUGUUGAUUCACCAAAGAUGAAGGGAGACAGCGACAUACGCAUCUUUGUGGCCCUCUUCCCUUAUGAUCCUGCCACCAUGUCGCCCAAUCCUGAUGCUGCCGAGGAGGAGCUGCCCUUCACUGAAGGACAGAUCAUCAAAGUUCACGGAGAUAAAGACCCAGACGGGUUCUACCGAGGAGAAUCUGGUGGUCGUCUGGGCUUGGUGCCGUGUAACAUGGUGUCUGAGAUCCAGGUGGAGGAUGAGGAGACCCGGCAGCAGCUACUGCAGCAGGGCUUCUUGUCCACUGCAGCCUCCAUGGAGAAGAUAGUGGGGUCUGCUGCACUCUGGGAGGAGAGCGUAGACUCCUCCAGCCCAGACCCCAGCCAGACUGCCGCCGCCGCUGCCACUGCAGGGAGCCAGGUCCCAGGAGCUCGCAGGAUGGUUGCCAUCUUUGAUUACGAUCCACGAGAGAGCUCCCCCAACACUGACAUAGAGGCUGAGCUGACCUUCAGUGCAGGAGACAUCAUACAUGUGUUUGGUGACAUGGACGAAGAUGGCUUCUUCUACGGAGACUUGAAUGGACACAGGGGCUUAGUGCCCUCCAACUUCCUGCAGGCCUUACCGGAAGAUGCACCAGCAGAACGUGUCUCUGCUCAGCCUGCACCAGAACCCAAGAAAGAAUCACAGGCUACCUGGACAUCUCCUGUGGAGCUACAUGACCCUGAACCCUCAGGGCUAGAAGAGGCUUUGCUCCCCCAAACAGAACAUCCUUUCCCUGAGCCAACAGGGCACACAGAAGACCCACAGCCCAAACUGGCAAGCCCCAUGUCAGACCUGGACCCAGCGCCCCUCCCAGCAGGCAGCCCGUCAAAGACAGACCGCUCUGCGCAAGGCAAGAAGAAGAAAGGCUUUUUCUCCAAAGGCAAGAAGCUGUUCAAAAAGCUGGGAUCCAGCAAGAAAGACUGACAGUCAGAUGACAGUCAGGACAUCUGACUCUGAAUACUUGCAUCACAUUGAAAGCACUUUUUCCAUCUUCACUGUUGGCAGUCUGCACGGUUAGUGGCUAUCAAAUCUAAUUACUGAUGCUUUAUUAAUUAUAUAUUUGCCUUAGAGCACUGCUAGACCAACUGUUAAAUUUCGAGUACUAUAAAACAUCAAUGUGCAGCUUACAGCAUCACAUGAGCAUGUAGAACUGCAUGUUGAAGCUUGCAAAGUCGCAAAUAUAUUCUCUAAACACUAAUUAAGUAUUUCUCCCAAUAGAUUAUUCAGAAUAAAAUGAAAAAGAAGGAUGUUGAAAAGCAGAGCAGGCUCAGCCCAGAAACAGCUAAUGAAAUAUUAGCUUUAAAGUUCAUGUACUGGUGCCACUUUAUUUAUUUGAAGCAAACGAGCAGGAGCAGCCGUCUAUCUCUUCCUCUGUGUGACUAUAAAGAAUGCACUAUGCAUCCUGAACGGAUGUAUUUUAAAUAUGUCUGCUUGUCCUUCAUGUGUUUCUUGUCUUUAAGAGUAUUUAUACAAUACUUUGUACAGAACAUGUUAUUUAUUUGUGUCAGACUCUUGCCCUCAUCAUCACCACAUUGCAUGACGUGACAUCAGGGCUGGAGGUGAGUCAUAUCGAGCUGUCAGAGACAGUGAUGAUCCACUUUGUGUAACUACAAGGGUUGAGGUUAACAGUAAAGACUGUUUAUUGCAGAGGAACAUACUGUCAAAUGGAAAUAAUGUGAAGGCUUACCCUUCUUUGGUGUGUGUGUGUGUGUGUGUGUGCGUGUUUGUGUGUGCGUGUUUGUGUGUGUGUGUGUGUGUGUGUGUGUGUGUGUGUGUGUGUGUGUGUGUGUGUGUGUGUGCCCAGUCCACUGCUGAGACUGAAAACAGAUGCCUUUCUCAGACAUUAACACAGGAAUUCCUGAUGUUUGUGACCGCAGUCACAACUGGCCUGAAUGUUGCAUACGACAUAUUUCCUGCCUGUGUGAGUGUGGAGUGUGUGUGUGUGGGUGUUUUCUGUCUGUGUGUGCGACAGACGUGCAGAGCAUGCAAAAAUGAUGUAAUAUCUGGUGAUCAGUAGGCUGCUAUGUUCGCUAGUAGGGCUUCAACGGAUGAUUAGUAUGAAAUGAUGACCGAUUCCUUCCUGUUGAUGAUUUGUUUGAUUAAUUGGUGAAUCUUUUGGUCUAUAAAACUUUUAAAAGACUGUGAAAAAAAUGCCCAUCACUUUCCCACAGGUCAGGUUGAGGUUUUGUCUGAGCAACAGUUUACUUUCAUACAGUACGAGAAAAAAAAAAAUCAACAAAUUCUUAUCAAACUAGUUGCCAGUUAACUUUCACUUUCAGAUUAAAAUGAAAUACCCCCCCCCCCACACACACACACACACACACAAUUUAAACACGUUUGGUGCACUUCUUGCAGUUUCAUUAAUCCGCCACUUGUUGCAGUUCCUCGACUUGUAAUUUCAUUUAAUAUCCACAUUCCCCGUCAGUGCUGGUUGCAUUAGUAACCACAGCAGUUAACAUACAGUGUGGAAGCCUUUAGGACUCACUGUAGUUUGUUGUGUGUACUCGGUAGAACUGAAACAGUUUUCGGUCGUAGCGCUGGUGGUUUGUGGCACCGCUCUGCUGUAACAGACUCUGCAAUAAGAUGUUUAUGUCUCUUUUCUUUUGCCUCCAUGUUAGGAGUGUAAUGAAGUUGUGGCGUGUGAAUAUGGGGUUAGACGGGUCGCAGCAUCUCUGUCAGCCCAUGCAGCGUAGGCUGGUUAAAGCUAAAUGAUACAACUGCGAUACUACUAAAACUAGAAGCGUUCUUUCGGUGGUUUGCUGCAGCUUUUUCUCAUAUCACGAUGUAGUACCUGUAUUCAGCUGUGAUGUGAGUGUGUGGGCCUUGGGUUAUAAGGCGUGCUUUGACUGCUCAUUCAGCCCGAUUGCUUCUUUUACAUGUGUGACACGGGGAUGUUAGUAACUUCUCAGGUUUUCACUUGUAGUUUCUUAUAAAUGCUGAGCCACCUGUUGACUUCGGCUGUCAGCAACUGCAGAAUAUGCCAAAAUCUUAGGUGCUUUGCUUGUUACCAUGGCUACGAGAGACCGAGCAUCCGGCAGCAUGGGGAUAGUCAGCAGACCGGUCUGGGUUGAAGCUUGGAGCUUUGUUAUGAAGAUCAGACCAAGAUUUCACUCACAUUGUUGAAGUCACACAAGUUGGAGGCCAAGUGUUUCAUUAAUGUCAUGAAUGUUUUUUUGUCUGUGUUACAUAAAGGCAGUUUGAUGAUGCCAAGAGUGAACGGGAGGGCUGAUGGACAAAGAUGUGAAAUGGCCGGGACAGAGGCAAGACUGAGGCUGUACUGUAUGUUUUAUUUAUGUAUUUUUUGGUUGGAUGCUCAAAAGUUGCCGAAAUGUACAGCGAAUAUUUGUACUGAUCUUGUAUUUAACGGCCUUUAAUGCACAAGUUAAUCCUCUUCCUGCUGUGUAGUGAGUAGGCGGCUCCACUGUUGACUGAAUAGGACCCAUGUAAGUAGUAUUUUAGCUCAGCUGAUCAUAUUUAGCCUUACAAGAAGACCUUGUUUAGUCUUAAUAUGUUGUUUACAGGAUGUUUAUUGACUGCAUGCAUACCAAUGUUAUACCCAUGUUCGGCCUUAUUUAUGUUACUGUCAUACUUCUGUUUUUCUAGGCUGACUUGUCUACAAUAUUUGAGUUGUAGAUUGUGGAGAGGAAGCCGUUGGAGCUGUCUGUAUAUAACAAGCUGUGUUGGGACUUGUGGUAUAUUUUCAUACGCGGGAUUUUUUUUUUCUUUUACUGUCUUUCCUGACCUGCAUUCAUUAUUUGAAACCAGUGGAGGAUGUACCUUUUUAUAUAUUCAUGUUUUUAUUACCCUUUUGGAAGCUCAUCUGUAUAUAUUUUUGUUAAUAUUGUUUUUCAGGGUUUUUUUUUUUCUUUUGCAUGUCCAGGCAUUGUGGAUGGAGGAACAGUAACUAAAGAUGUAGUACACAGAGGACUUGUUGACUUGAAAUUGUGAUGGUUUCUUUCAAUAUGGAUCUUUUUACAGGAAUAAAGUAUGUAUAUUUUCACAGAAAG